GGCACCCUGGCCACUAGAGCAGAGUGACUGAAUUCUCCAAGCCCAUCCUGUCUCCCUGCGGGUUCCGGGCUGCUCUACAUGUGGUCACGUCUGCAAGGGACGUGUGCCACAGGCAGCACUGUGGGAAGAAGUAGCAGAGUGACUGGAAUUCUCGUCCUUUUUCUCGUUCUCGUGCACGUGACUCAGCUCUACUAUCUGACCAGUCCCGUCCAGCUGAGGGUAGAGCUCUGAAAGGAUUGGCUGGUGGAAGGUUCUGGAACUCAGGUUUCCCAAAGGAAUGUUUCUGUGUUGCUAAGCUAUGCAGUACCUACAACAGGGAGCCGCAAAGUCUCCUUGGAGCGGGAGCAGGAGAAACUGGGGCAGAGCUAUCUGGUAUACGGCAGUCGGCAGGCUGUCUCUGCCAGUCGGAAAUCCCAGCUCGGGCGGGAAGACUGACGGAGCUCGGGGACCCGGGGCGUAGGCCUGUGCUGAGGCCUGGAAGGCGUCGACAGCCUUGAGUUCCUGCCAACCACGUCACCUCUUGAAACUGUCCUCAGGGCCUGAGAGCGUCUGGGCGUGCAGGUGAGGAGGAGGAGGGCAGGACCGGUCACCGCGGCAGCGGGAGCAGGGCAGCAGCCUCCAGGAGCACCGGCCUCACCCCCAGGCCCGCGCCGCCGGAGGGCAGAGGCGGAUGGCUGGAAAUGGGGGCUACUUCCUGGUCCGGCACACCCCUCACCCCAGGAGGGUCUGCCACAUUAAAGGUCUGAAUAACAUCCCGAUCUGCACCGUGAACGACGACGAGGAUGACGCACUCAGAGCGCUGUGGGGGGCCGGCCAGUUCAGCCACUUGGAGAAGAGGGACACCCCACUCGCCAAGUGCAGCCCCCCCAGCUCCGCAGCCCCAGGCAGCGCCACCCAAAGGGGGCCCCCCACCCCGCGGGGCAGCAAUGUGCCUCUGCGGCCUCAUUCUGAGCCCUGGAGGAAGAUCCAGGAGUGCUUCCGAACUUCCAGUGAAAAUCCCUUAGUGAUUAAUAAGGAAGAAAUGAAGGUCGGGACUGCCGAGUCGCCUCCCCGGGCCAGCUCCACGACUGCCUCCUGCGGCUCGGAGGCUCCGGACGCCAGGGCCGCCAGGGCCGCCAGGGCCGCGGCCGAGGACUGCGUGCACAUCCCCAACUACCUGCACCAAGAAAUCAAAAUACUGGCGAAGCUCUGCGACAUUUUAAACACGGAUUCUCUGGCAGACGUUCUACAGUGGCUGCUCCACGCAAGCUCAAAAGAAAAAGAGUGGGUCUCAGCUCUGAUUCACACCGAGCUGGCUGAGAUCAAUGUGCUGAAGCGCGGCUGCCAAAGGAAGAACCCCUCAGCAGAACCGGGGGCAGGGCCUGGGAAACCACUCCCAGGGAAAUCACCCCCCAAUUCACCAGCAAAGUCAAAAGUGCCAAGCAGAUGCAAGGAAGGACACCAACCGGCCAGGUACGUGGACACGCCAGUCCCCGGAGGACGCCCGGCCCUCGGGCUCUGA